GAGAACAUCAGCAUCUGCGGGGGUCUGCAGGAAGAAAACAGACAGGAGCAGCAAAACACACAGCAGACAUGGACUCGCAUUGUGAGUGCAGCGAGCCUCCUCUCUCCGAGCAGCAGCAGCAGCAGCCCUCUGGAAAGAUUAACAAAGCUGCUUUCAAACUGUUUGGGAAGAGGAAAUCGGGCAGUGCCAUCCCCAGCAUCUUUGGGGUGAAGAGCAAAGGGGAGGGGAAGAGCUCUGGGCAAACGAGGCUCGCAAGGAGCAAGACCCACGAUGGGUUAGCCGAGGUUGUGUUAGAAGGCAGCAAGAAGGAGGACUGCUCCAGCAGCGAGCAGCUGAACGCUGCUUUGUUCGCAAAGACGGACGGCAGCCUGGCAGUGACAGCCAGCGGAUCCGUGACCAAGUCGCUCAGCUUCUUCUCCGUCCUCAAGAAGAACGGCCGAGGGGAGAACUCUGAGCCCAGGGCUGGCAACAGACAAAAGAAAGGGCUGAAGGGGCUCUUUAGCAGCAUGCGCUGGCACAAAAAGGAGAAGAACUUCAAAGAGGAGAAAGGAGGGGAGGCAUCGGACGCUCAGCCAGGGGUCAUUCAGCCAGCCUCCCUCAAUGCCAGCUUGGAGUUUAUCAAGGAAGAGGUUCGGCAGUUGCCCCAGUCAGAGCCUGAGCUCAGCACAGAGCAGGCUGCACAGGAAUUGCCAGUUGUGGGACCCUCUGAAGAGCCGAAAGCUUCAGUGUUAGAGGAGCCUGAAGCAGCAGCAGCAGCAGCGGAUUGUGCAAGCCCUCUCCCUGAGUUAUAUAACCAUGUAAACAAGCAGGAGGAAGCUGCUGCUGAGCAUAAUGAGGGCCAGAGCCAAGGGGAAAUGGGUGUCACCAAGGAAGAGGGCCCUGGGGAUACCAUGGCAGCCGAAAUCUCAGGGGCGACCCAACCCCCUGAGCCUGAAUGCAGCAGCAGCAGCUCCCCGGAAAGCGCGCCUCUCUCUUUUGGUAUUCCCACCACCACCAUCACCCCCCCCGAACCGUCUGCUGCCGACCCGCCCUCGGAGCAAUCCAUCGACCGCAUCUGCUCCAUGUUCGCGGACGUGACGUCCCUCAAGAGCUUCGACUCACUGACUGGCUGCGGGGAUAUCAUCGCCGACCACGAGGAAGAAGUGGGCAACGGGAACAGGAACGGGAAUGGGAAUGGGAAUGCUGGAGGGAGUGUGGAGAAGCACCCACCGACGCUGGGGAAGAUGAGGGUCUUUCCCAAAAAGAACCAGAGCGGUAGCGUGGUAGCCUACCAAGGGGGUGGGGAGGAGAUGGCCAGCCCUGAUGAAGUAGACGAGACCGAUCUGCAGGGGUUCUGGGAUAUGCUGCCCCAGACUGAGGAACUCCAGAGCCAGCCAAAAGAGGAGGCUGUCCAGGAGACCUCAACGAAGGCCGUUGAAGAGAAGGUGCUGAAAGAGACAGCCCCUCUGGGCAAGAUCCUGGGACUCAGCAAGAUUCCUGUAAGCGGCACCAGCAGGGGAGUCAGGAGCAACAAAGGAGGGGAGGAAAGCAGAGAGAAGGACCACCAGGAGAGCGUCCCCAACAGCGAUGAGGGAUACUGGGAUUCCACUACCCCGGGCCAGGAGGAGGAGAGUGGCAGCAGCAGCUUCGCGCCCAAGGAGAGCAUCCCUCGGGACAGCUGCAGUGGAGACGCACUCUACGACCUCUACGUGGACCCGGAUGAGAGCCUUGCCGGCGUGGUCUCUUCAGAUGAAGAGACGUCCCCCAUGUCCACGUCCGAGCCUAAGCUGGCCCCCUCCUCCUCCUCCUCCUCCGAGACCACCUUCCGCUCACUCAAGGGCAGCGCCAGCCUCCCCAGGGACUCGAAGAUCCCCAUCAGCAUCAAACAGAUCCCUUCCCACUCCGCCAGCCAUGGGGCGCUGGUCCCCAGCCUCACGCCAACCGCGCAGCAGCCGCCAGCAAAGCCCGAGCCGCCCAGAACAAAGAUCCCCGUCCCCAGGGUGAUUGUGAGGAGGACCGGCAACAAGACUCUGGGAGGCUCUGCAGGGAAGCACCUCGCCUACCAGGACCACUUUAAAAAGUAGCUUGCUCUGUGUUGAAAGGGCCGAUAUCAAUGGAGAACAGUUUGUAGAUGUAAUGUGAAAAGGCAUACAUCAUCAAAGGCAGAAUACAAAAGAGAUGUUCAGAGCUCUACUCCAAAAUCCUGUUAUGGUAUAAAUAAAAAAUAUUUUUUACUUCAUUUGCUUCAGUUUCUUGCAAGACAAAAAAAUAUAUAUUUUUCUCUUUUCAAGCUUAAAGUAGACCGCAAAAUAUGAUGUUGUGCCAGUGAACUUUCUAUCAGGAAUGAUGUCUCCUUUGAUUCCCCAUAUGCCUUUACACAAUGCAAAAUAACAGGAAGAACCACAGCAAAAAAAGUGCCAAGAAUUACGAAAAAAAAAAAAGUUACUGCACGUGCCGUUCAUUAACUGCUCCGGUCGUUGCUGGCAAAGGAAAAUACAAUCAAAGUUGAACAUUUUUGGAGACUAACAUUUCAAAGGAUAUCCGGAUGGGAUCGUUCAGAUAGUUUAUGAUUUCAAUGGAACAUCAGGGAAUCCCCCCAAAAAAAAUAAUGGUAAAAAAGUAUAAUGUUGCUUCUGUGGGAUUUCUGUCUUUUAAAACUACAUGACAAAAGAGAAGCCUUCUUUUUGGAUGUAUAAAGUGGAAGUAGCUCCUGUACACUAUGCUUGGAGGUUCAAAAACAGGCAAGGACUACAGACUCUCAACAUAAACAUCUGCUCAACAGAGAUUAUAGAACCGGGAUCAGAGAACAUUACCCACAUAAAGACACGUUCAAAUCCUCCUAAUAUGAAACGGCAUUCGCUAGGAUACUUUUUAAUCUUUGUUACACCCUUUUUGUAGACAUUCCUGGUUUUCUCCGUGGACGAAACCCCACAGCGGAGCUCGUUUCUACUGGAUUCUUUCAAAAACCAGGGGAUUACUGUGCAAAGCACUCGGCUCACGCGCUGUAAACUAUCAGGAAAUGUGCAGAACCACAGUAUUAUACCUGCCACUGAAUGUGUAUAGCAGACUGCAUACAGCCAUUAAACACCCUCAUUGGGUUUUUUUUCCAGGCUCCCAGGAUUGGUAUAUCCUUCAUGCCUUGUGCUUUGGGAGUAUUUCAUCUGUUGCUUAAAUCCUGUGCCAGCUAAGCUAAUGGUAAGACAGCCUCUUGGACUUUGCAAAUGCGACAAAAGAGAUGAGAGAAGGUGUUUGACUUUAACACUAUGUGUUGCUUGUAAUGCUUAGUUGUUGUGCACACUACUAACAUAUCCCUUAGGCAAAGGUUUGACUCGAAAGUCUUAUUUGAUACCACACUAGCUGUAGGGAGAGAUCUAGAAUCACGUUUGCAUCUAGAAUCGUUCGGUGUGCAUCUUUCCCCUUUCCACUAGUUUGUGUUUACUAGACCUUAGCUUUAGAACACACACACACUGUGUGAGGCCACCUGUGUCCGUGCUUAAUCUUUUACAGUCACUCAUUUAAAAAGCAGCUUCUGCUCUUUCAAUACAGGUGUAUAGAAAAUGGAUUUGCUGUACUUUUGACUUGUAAUACUUUCAAAGGCUGCUGAUAAUACCGGCAGAUGUAUUGUACAUUUUAAUAUCCCAUGGUACACAGAAAUAUAUACAGUAUAUUUAUAUAUUUUCAUAUCCGUACGGAAGUGGUUUACAGAGAUAUGUUUUGUUUGUAGUUUGUAGUAUAGCUGAGAAAGGGAAACUUGCAGCCUUCUUUUAAGUCUCUUUUCUUCUCAGCUUCUCAUUGUGUAAAAGGCGUUACAUAGCCCAGUGCUUUGUGUGCCUGUAUGGCAUUAGUGCCAUAUUUCAAGGCGCUAUUCAAUCAAAGACAUCGCAUGCGGCUGUAUUAGCAAAAGAGCUGUGUUAAAAACCGCUCAAUGUAAAAUAAAAGAUACAUUACACACAUAUGGAAUUACUUUAUUUCGUUAUAAAAAUCCCUUUGUGAAAUAAAAAUGAUAAGCCUUUUUUUAAUGUGAUUCUCUCCUAACUCAACCCACUGUAAUGGAAAUGUAAGCCUCGUUAGAUUCCUAUUAGAGGCAGAAUACUCUAAGACUUUUCCCCAGGUAGUCUCAGUCCUUAUCAUCUCCCCAGCUGAUGCACCCCCCGGGAAACGCUGUGCCCUUCAUUAGGUUUUCUCUUGUCUUAUAAUUGAGGGGGAGCCACCUAAUCACAAGAACACUGCUUUAUUGUUCUGUUCCAAUUAUUUUUAUUAAAAUUUUCCAAAAUUAUCAUUUAUGAUUGAUGACAAAAUGUGCAAAACAACCGAAGUGUCAUUAGCACCUAUUUCUUUCAGAAAGGAGGAAAGCAUCCAUUGGUGUUUCCAAAACUAGAAAUGAACCGCACUCAGGAAUUGAAUUCAAGGGCUCCUAACACUUCUAGCAACGAUAACACUUUCUUUCUAGCUUUGUAAGGGGAACAGGAUUUUUUACCUCUUUCCAGAAAAAAAGUGUGAAUGAUGCUAAAAGCGUGAAUGAUGCUUUAGGGGUCAUUUGUGGAAUUCCCCUCAGUGGUUAUGCAUUUCCUUUUUUGUUUUUUUUACAUUCAAUUUGUACUUCCAAAAAUAUUCUCAAUCUUUAAUUGGUCUACGUCGAUUUACAGAAAGUCCCUAAAGAUAAUGAAGAGAUGUUUUUGACUGAAAUGAUAAUUAUAGUGAAAGCUGUCGGAGUGUUUCAUCAAGGCUGUUCUUUUCAAAUUCGGUGCAGCAUCUACUCAUAAAACACAGGAACACCUGGUGUACUGAAUGUUCAAACUAGUUUAAGGUAGAUGUUUGCAGUUUGUUAGCCCGCUAGGGGGCUGUGGGAACCAAAUCUAAUGGCUGAGAAUGGAACGGUGCUAAGCCUCUAGAACUCUAGGUGUAGAAUGUUCUCCUCUUUAGUUCUGAGUACAAGAUGGAACUACCUGUACUUCCCCAUCAUUAAGGAAGCUAACUGCCUUGAGGAAACAGGACUUCUGUGAACCAGUGACCUUUGCUGUGUGUGUGUGUGUGUGGGUGUGAGUGUGUCUGCGCAUGUGUGUGUCUGUGAGUGUGUGUGUGUGUGUGUGUCUGCGCGUGUGUGUGUCUGUGUGUGUGUGAGUGUGUCUGCGCAUGUGUGUGUUUGUGAGUGUGUGUGUGUCUGUGUGUGUGUGUGUGUGUGUUUGUGUGUGUGUGUGUGUGUGUGUGUGUGUGUGUAUGGAGGAAGGGGUUGGAGCCAGUGUAAGCAGCUGUUGCUAAUAGCUCAAAGCAGGGCAAGGGGAUAAAGAGGAUGAUUACCAGCCAUGAGUAGUAAUACAUUAAACAGUGAUUUUAGAGUAAUUACAACAAGACCAACAAAGCCGUGCUCAGCAGGCCCGCUGGGGCGGUGGUCUCAUGCAAAUGUUCCAGUGAGUUUCAGACACAGGCCUUUGAGAAUAAAGCACCCUGAGUUUCAAUAUCAGAGCACCUGUAAAAUAAAAUGAAACACGAAGCUGUGUUUCCUGUUCACACCGCCUCCCCUGACUCAGCACUUGCCAUGGCGCUCUCAAGGCAGCAAAGACCAGUGUGCUGUAGCUGUGAAGAGAAGCGGGGUUAACGGUAAACAUGUUUCUGCUGCUGACCCAGAUAUACUGUGUUUAAGAAUAAUAAAACACUCUGCAUGAUACAAAAAAAAAAGGGUUUCAAAGUUAACUGCUGCUUCGUUAUGCUUCACAAACCUUUCUACCACCGGGGCUCCUGUAUAUCGUUCUGAGCUGCGGGUUGCACUUUCAAUUAUACAUUCCCCUGCUUUUCCCUUCUCUUCCACACAUUGCCCUGCAUUCACUCCCCACAGCAGAGCUGCUGACUUGAGCCCUGAGCUUCGUUUCUGAAAGGCUGUAGUGUUUUCAAUGCUUUGUUACAAUGUGAUGGGCUUCCUGAAAGAAUCAGGGGGAGCUGUUCUUUAUGUGCAUUGUCUCCUUGUACUAAACGUGCAGAACUGGGAAGAACGCAGCGGCCUUAAAUCAUUUAAACCUGCAGUUAUACCUCCUUUCAAACCUGUUUUGUUCAGGAGCUAAGUCUCCUGUAACGCUGCUGUUGUGUGGAAUAUUGCUUAUCAAUGUCACGAAUGGCUGAACACUCUACAGAUGCUAUACAAUAUUCACAAGCAGUGCUCUGAAUCUCUCCUGAGAGGGAGAGGGAGUCACGUGUCACCAGCUCUCCCAGUGCCAUGUGCACUCUGCUGUCUCUCCCCCAGAAGGGCUGCUGGCAAUAUCCUCCACAAACGCUGUUCGAAAGAAAAAUAAUAACCUUGUGCUUUAGCAGCACGUCACCCUUCUUGAGAGAGGAGAGCUGCCAGCAAGCUGCUGGUCUUGUGCUGUUUGUAUUCCAGCCUGCUGUUAUGGAUUCUGUUAGAUAACACUGAGUGGCUCUGUGUGGGUUCAGGGGACAGCAUAGGAACGCCAGUGUAAGUGAGGUGUCCUGAGGUUCUGAAGGACGGAAUUAUAAAUUGAGGUCUAGAAAGGUCACGACCCUGAAGAGAAUGCUAAUUAUAAUUGGAGGGUGGGGGUGACUCUGGAUUACUUUCCAUUCAGGUUUUAUGGUCGUUGUUCUUUUUAUGAGUGGUUUAUUUCUUGAUAUUUUAAAAUAAAAAAAACCUUCAAUAAAUGUUGCUGAGAGAAUAUCAGUAGCUUAUGCCAAUAGAAAACAAUGGUGAGACGGAGGGCUCGCUGGAUGCAGUGUGGAAGAGAGGGAAAGGAAUGUGUGAACAGACAGUAUGGAAUAUGUGUGCAGAAUCAGUGUCGUCCUCUUGCUAUUGCAUGAAGACUAGACUCUAAUACAAUAAGGGGAGGAGACCCACAACAAGGCAGUCUUCUCACUCUUAGAAAAGGUCACCACAUUCAAUUAGCACUGUAAUUUCUGCCAUGCUUUCCCAUGGGUAUACGAUGCAUUUAUCAUCAAUUACCAUGGUUAUUAAUCUGCUUUACCAUACCUCUGUGCUUUACAAUGCUUACCUAUGCUUUACUUUCACUGUGCUUUAUUACACUUUGCAACGCUUUUACUAAGGGAAACUUUUAUAAGGGUUAGUUUACCAUGCUUUGUUUUUCAAUAUGCUUUACCAUACCUCUCUGUGCUUUACAAUGCUUACCUGUGAUUCACCAUGCUUUCACUGUGCUUUAUUACACUUUGCAAUGCUUUUUCUAUGGGAAACUUUUAUAAGGGUUAGUUUACCAUGCUUUGUUUUUCAAUAUGCUUUACCAUACCUCUCUGUGCUUUACAAUGCUUACCUGUGAUUCACCAUGCUUCCACUGUGCUUUAUUACACUUUGCAAUGCUUUUUCUAUGGGAAACUUGUAAGGGUUAGUUUACCAUGCUUUGUUUUUAAAUAUGCUUUACAAGGCUUUACCAUGCUUUCACUGUGCUGUGCUUUUACUGUGGGAAACUUUUAUAAGAGCUGUUUUUGGAUCACAAAAGGGCAUGUGAGGUCAUGUGUGGAGAGAUGCACAAUAGCUGUGCAAGCAAUGCAAAGGACAGAGAGAACUGUUCAAGAGGGAAGAUGUGUGGCAUCUAAUACUGUGUUUCCAGGCUCUCCAAAAUGCAAGGUCAGUGCAUUAGUGCAGUGGAGGGAGGGAGGGAGAGCGGAGGAAACGGCGAAUGGGACAGGACCAGGAAUAGAUGGUAGAGGUAUCUGGGACAGCAGACGGGCAGGCGGUCAUGGUUAAUCAUUCAUGUAGAGAGAAGCAAUGAGAGAUGGAGGGCGCUCUGAACAGGCAGGUGUAGCACAGACUACUGUCAAGUUAAGUGCUUUCUUUUUGCCUUUAAAACAUAUUAUUUAUUUAUUUUAUAAUAAGACAACUUUGAGGUAUGAAUACAUGAGUAGUUGUAUUCCUUUCAGUUGCUUCAGCCAGACACCACACUUGCACAAUGCCAGUAGACAGAGGAACAAUAUCUCUUUAAUGGAAAUAACAAAGCAAUUCCACAGUGGUAUCAAAUGUGUGCUCCUUAAAAAUGUGAGUUAGCAUGCAGGCCCAACUUCAGAAGUAGAUUAUAAUCAAUGUACAGUGUAACUGAACACUCUGUGCAGCUCAAUCUGAAUGUGAGCCCCGAGUGUCAUGUGAUUCACAUCUUAGGUUUCCAUGGUUACCUCAGUAGGUCAGCCAAUCACAUCUCGUGGGCUCCGACAGACAGAAUAAAAAGGGGCAGGUUUGGUCUGCCUUGGGCAGUGCUUGAAUUAUACAAGGCAAUUAGCUGCUGUGUGUUCAGUUUGAACCUCUGCUGCUCAAAUCUGUGUGCUGUUUAUGGCCAGAAGAGAAAUGAGGCUGACAUUGACAGCUCAGAAAACCUGCAGAGUGGACCAAACCAGAGAGACGUCACAGUCAAGGAGUGACAACAGUGGGGCCAGUUUCUUGCAAUUCGAGUCAUUUUUACAUCACUGAUAAAAAUACAACAGUCCUGGUUUGCCUUGUUUAUUCAUAUGCUUUACCAUGCAUUUGCUGUGCUUUAUUACACUUUGCCCUGCUUUUACUUUGAGAAACAUUAAUAAGGGAUGCAUUCUUACACAAACAGUCUAGGUUAGACGUUAAUGCAUUAGCAGCUGGACCACCAGUAAGAUACCAACAAAUCUCAAUCAAUCAAUCUUUAUUUUAUAUAGCGCCUUUCAUAGUGGACCACCAUCACAAAGCGCUUAAACGUAAACGUGUGUUCCAGUUCCCAGUUAGGUCAACCAGUAUGCAGUUUGUGCAGUGAAUUUUAAGCAGGCAAAGUUUACAACAUUUGCUUGUCGUUAUUAAAUUGACAAACACGUAGUCUGGUGCUGUGAGAAUGUGUUUCUUGUCCUUGUCUAUGGCUUGGCAGUCCUCUUCCUUUAUGAUGUGGAUGGGAGUUGGCCCCAGCUGAGCUGAACUGGAGAAAUCCCAUACUUGCACUCGUAGCUGAACUAAGAUUCAUGAAGUUGUAUAGACAGACUGUGCCAUCUGUUCCAAAUCCAAUUACACCGAGGGGUCAGUAUACGUAUGGGGAGUGGGGUGAGGAGGGGCGUUACAAUGAGAAAUAAAAAAAGAACUAAAUACAGAACUAAAUACAUGAAUACCAUGUUAUCCUAGAGUUCCUUUACUGGAGAUGCCAACUAAAAUAGUCAAAUAAAACCUUAGCUACAAGCUGAAUGGGUACUAUUGACUAGUGAUAAUGUACUGUGUCUGUGAACUGAAGAUGGCUGUUGUGGGUUGAAACAGUCUUGUCUCUAUCCACUAGGCAAUCCUCAAUUUGCUGUAUGUAUUAAUUUUAAUUGACACAUGCUGAAAAGUCUGAUUAAAGUCUUAAAGUCUUUUAAGAAAAGUCUUUUAAAAUAAUAGGACAGUUACACUUUUUGACCACCAGGUGGCGUUAGGCAUCAUACCGAGUAUCAAAGCUGCACAGUACCACCUUCUUCAGGACAGACAUGGUUGUAACCACCAUAUUUACAUCCACAUGUGGACAAGCCAUCUGUGUAUCCUGGCCACAAGAAACAAAGCAUGAUUAAUGCAUCACGUUUGUAUUGUAACUCCAAAUGGAUCUGACACUCACUUCACACUGGAAUGGAUAGCAAUAGGGUAGCUCUGUUACUGCCACAAAAUCAAACUCUAAUCACUGUCUACAGUAUCAUUGUGUAAAUUUUUUUCCUGUAAUGUGAUUUUUAUGAAAAAAGAAACAAAGUAUUUUAUUUGUAAUUUAUUCCAUUGCUUUGUGUGAUCAGCUCUACUGCAUGUUGAAACUCGUGAGUCACCAUGCUAACGAAUGUAAAGGACUGAGGCGUGCUGCGCUGGAGGUCUCAAACUGCACACAUGCAUUGUUCCUUUUCAGUGUAAUGCUUAAUGUGACUAAUAAAAAUGUCUUCUGGUUGUU